AUGGCUGCGAAUAGGCGAGGACACCCUCGACUGGAGAGAACAAGCGAGGGAACUUUUCUUGAUGCGACGGCUAUUCUCAAAUCUGUAAAUGCUAUGGCCGCUGCUGUACGUGAUUCAAGAGCUGCUACUAACCGAGUAGCUGAACGUCUUGAUCGUUACAACGGAGCUGAAAACAACCAUGAGCCUAGACAUGAAAUGAAAAUGGCGAAGAAGGUGAAGGUGGACUACUUUAAAGAAAUAGGACGAGCAAUGCGAGCCCAACAAGUCCCUGAAGGACAGCGAGUAGAAUUUGCUGCUUAUAUGUUGAGGAAUGACGCGCAAUAUUGGUGGCAGGGAAUACUCCAACUACUAGGAAGAGAAGCUAUUGACAUCUCCUGGGAGGAAUUUUCAGUUGAAUUUUAUAAGAAGUAUUUUCCUCAGUGUUUUCGCACUGCUAAGGAAUUGGAGUUGCUUCAGUUGAAAUAA